UUUCCUUACUACUUCGUAUAAUGUGAGAAAUAUUUGAUAAAUCUAAAUGCUUUAAAGGAGUGAGAAUAGUGGCCUGGCUUCGAAAGAAACGAAGGCGCGUGUAGAGCGAGAUAUUAGAGCAGGAAUUCACAGCAUGGCGAAGUGCAUCGGCGUCCGGAGGCGGUCGCUGCGCCCGCGGGCCCCGCCCUCCGAGCCGCUGCUGCCGCUGCUGCUGGCCCUGCUGGCGGCCCCGGCGUGCCGCGGCCAGAUGCCGGGCGGCGGCGUCGUCGGCGGCGGGGUCGCGCUGCCGGGGCCGCGCCUGGGCCAGGGGCGCGUGGUGCACGUCUCGGACGAGGACCUGAUGGCCAGCCACAACCGCUGCGAGCCCAUCACCAUCCGCCUGUGCAAGGACAUCCAGUACAACUCGACCAUCAUGCCCAACCUGCUCAACCACCACGACCAGGAGGAGGCGGGCCUCGAGGUGCACCAGUUCUUCCCGCUGGUCAAGGUGCAGUGCUCGCCCGACCUGCAUUUCUUCCUGUGCAGCGUGUACGUGCCCGUGUGCACCAUCAUGGACCGGCCGCUGCCGCCGUGCCGCCACCUGUGCCUGUCGGCCAAGGAAGGCUGCGAGGACCUCAUGAACAAGUUCGGCUUCCAGUGGCCCGAGUCGCUGGACUGCAACAAGUUCCCGGCCAGCCCGCAGGAGGAGCUGUGCGUGGGCGAGAACAACACGUCGCCGCACACGGGCUCGGGCCCGUCGUUCCCGCCGCCGCGGCCGCCCACCGGCCCCACCUACGCCGGGAAGGACUUCCAGUGCCCGCUGCACUUCAAGGUGCCCAAGCGCCUCGAGUACAAGUUCCGCGUCGGCGGCGUGGAGGCGGCCGACUGCGGCGCGCCCUGCCACGGCAUGUUCUUCAACGAGGAGGAGCUGCGGUUCUCGCGGCACUGGGUGGGCGGGUGGGCGGCCGUGUGCCUGGCCUCCACCACCUUCACCAUCGCGUCCUUCCUGGCCGACGUGCGGCGCUUCCGCUACCCCGAGCGCCCCAUCAUCUUCAUCAGCAUGUGCUACUGGUUCAUCGCCGCCACCUACGUGCUGGGCCUCGUGCAGGGCGACCGCGUGGCCUGCGACGAGCCCUGGGACCCGCCGCAGUACCUGCCGGAGCUGCGGGAGCACAUGGUGCGCACCAUCACGCAGGGCGUGGACCGCGAGUGGUGCACCAUCGUGUUCAUGACGCUCUACUUCUUCUCCAUGGCCGCCUCCAUCUGGUGGGUCGUCCUGACGCUCACCUGGUUCCUGGCGGCCGGCCUCAAGUGGAGCCACGAGGCCAUCGAGAACAACUCCGCCUGGUUCCACGUCGCCGCCUGGGCCAUCCCCGCCGUCAAGACCAUCAUCAUCCUGGCCACCAAGAAUGUCGAAGGUACGCCCGCGACGCCCUCCUGGUGGGGCCAAGGGUUCAAGGGGUGGGGGGGCGGGGGCUCUCCCUCGCUCUCCCUCGGGGUCGCCGUCGCAAGACUUGGGGGAUCUGUCUCUCUGUCUGAACCUCGUCUUCAGGCACUUCCUGGCAACACUCUGCAUCACGUUUGGGUUCAAAAUCAGCAGAUGAACAGAAUGAUAUGA